UUGAGUAUCUACAUCACAUUUUACCCAGAGCAGAAAUUUCCCUGGCAAAAAGGGCAGUAAGUUCAACCACCCCAAACCUCUCUGGCUAUGGACCUGUUAUUAUCAUAGUUUCAUUACUGGUAAUAUCAUAUUUAUUUUUCAAUUUGACAGAGGUUUUUACAUUACACACCGAGGAGAACACUACAGUGCCACCCAUAGGCAAAACUUCAAGAAAAAAGAAAAAUAAAGGUUGAAGAGUUACCUGACAUCCAGGCUGUACCUUCAGAGAAACCUAAAAGAAAAGGCAAAGGUGCUUCAAAGAAAGAUACUGUCAAAAGUACAUGUGAAAAACAAACAGAAGAAGAAAUAGUGAUAUUAUUGGAAAACAGUAAUUCACAAAGUGAAGCAAAAGAAACUCAUCAAAAUGAACCUCCAAAAGGAAGAGCAAGGAAAAAACUUAAAAACAAACUUUCCCUGGAAAUUGCUGAAGAAUUGCCAGAAGUAUCCAAUGACACUGACCCAGUUGUUCCUUCUGAAAUUUUGCAAAAAAAGAAAUCAGGAAAGAAAAAAAAGAAAAGACAACCAGAACCAGAAUGUUCAGCAAUACUGGUAAAUGAGAUGGUAUCUAGUACAGAAACCCAAGUCAAUGGAAAUGUCAUAGCAGACAAAAACUCACAGUUUGUGGAGGCUCUGUUAGUAGGAAACAGACAAAAGCAAAAGAAGGAUCCGUCAAGUAACAGCAAGGAUGUUGAAACUUCUGUGGUGGAAUUGCAUAACUUUCACGUGCAAGGCAAUAAGGACAAAAACGUGGAUUUAAGCAAAAAUACUGGAGAAGAGUGCUUGAACCCAAUGAAGCCUGUUGCUGCCUCUGCAGUGCCAGUUGAUCUUAAUGUUUCAGCUGUGAGUUUUGAAAUUCCUUAUUGUGACAUUGCUGAUGGACAGGCCUCUGAAGUGUCUCCUGCCAGACAGGCACUCAUGAAAAUGACCCAGAACCGUCGCCGUACAAGCAUCAUUCGUGCCGAGUCUGAAAGCAAGUAUCUUGGUGAGAUUAAGAUGUUGAAAGCAGAGUUGAAGAAAGUUCAAAAAGACAAGGAUCUGCUGGCAGCACAGAAGCAGGAUCUGGAGAUGAAAACAGAGAAGCAGUUGAUACAGAAAGAAGAGAACAUGAUGGAGAUGUUUGUGAAUGAAAUCAAAGAGUUAAAAGCAGAGAAAGAUUUGAUUGAGCAAGAACUUCAGGCAGAAAUGGCAAAGUUAGUAAAAGAUAAAGACGAGGAAUACAAAGAGACUCUCAAAAAGGAGAAACAAGAUCUAACUUCCAGAAUUGAUUACCUCAGCAACUAUCUCCAGGAACUGAAAACUGAAAGGAUUACUUUGCUGAAUCAGCACAGAGAAGAAAAGGAAAAGUUAAAAGAAGAGUGUUCUCUCCAAGUGGAGACCAGAGUGCAGGAAACCAGGCAGGAAAUGGCAGCUCAACAGGAAUUCCUUCAGAAAGAACUCCAGAAGAAAGAGGAGAUUAUGCAGAAGCUUGAAGAGGGAAUGGAAAAUGAACUUCAGUGCAGCAUUUGCAAUGAAAUGUUUAUUGAGGCGUUAAUACUAAAUUGUUCACAUUCCUUCUGCAAACUUUGCUUGGACAAAUGGAUGGAGACAAACAAUGUGUGUCCACUAUGUCGAAAGGCCUUCAAGAAGAAGAAAAAGUUGCCUAAUCGUGUGCUUGAUAAUCACAUCGAACAUCUAGUUGCAACUUUGGGAACGGAUGUUCAAGAGAGACGACGGCAAGUGGUUGAAGAAAGGAAAGCUGAACAAGAAGAAUGGAAUGAAAGACAGAGGGUAAAACGCCAACAAGAGGAAUUGCAAUUGCGUCAGGGGCAAGCAACACAUCAGCAGCAGGAAAGACACCAGCAACAAGAGAGACAGCCACAACAACAGCAGCAGCAGCGGUCUACACCUGUUCCUGUGCAGCCAAGACAGCAGCAACUGCCUCACCAACACCACCAACAUGGAUUUAACCAUCGACGUCAUCAGGAAUCACAGUGGAUAAAUACACACUAUAAUUGGUGGCACACACAGGCAAGAGAAGACCACUCCCAAACUGGACACCAAAGUCAAAGAACCCAUGCCACUUUUUGGGACUUGGAAAACAGGCCUAUAGUUAGUGCUCAUACAAUGCAACAUCAACAUCAGCAUAGAGGCUAUUACCAAUAGUGCUGUAGCUUUCUGGCCAUUUUCCCCAAACUGGAUUUAUGACUGUAUAAAGGCCGAUUGCCAGAAGUUUAAUAUGGUGUGUGUCGUAGCAGUAUUAAUUCCAAUUUGUUUUGAAAAACACUUUGUCUAAGUGUACAAAGAAAUACUGCAGUGAUGAUAUCUUUGUAAUCUUACAAACAGCAAUGACUUUUGCUUUGAAGUGUGCAACAUAAAAAAUAAUCAGAAAGUAUAAUCUUUUUCUUUCACAACCCAAACAAAAAAACAAUAUGAGUGUGUAUUUAUAUAUAUUUAUCUUUUUAAAACAUUAGAAUAAAUUGGCCUUUUCUAGUACUACUUAUUUUAGGAUUCUUUGUAAUGUAGUCUUUCAGCAGUUAACUAUGAAGUGAUAGCUUAUACCCUAGUUGAGUGCAGAUUUCACAAUUUUAUAGAGCUGUAGUAAACAAAAAUUUACAUGUAUCUGUAGUAAUAAGUAAAGAAAACUAAUUUAAGGUUGCAUGUGGAUAGUCCAGAACAGAAAUGUCUAUGAUCAUAAAAUAGAGAAGUUAAAUUUUGAAUGUUAUCAAUCCAAAGUAAAACUGAAAUAUUUGGAUUUUUUUAGAUGUAUUGGUAAAAAAAAAAAAAAGAAAUAUAUGUAUCUGGCUUUAUUAUUUGCAAUUCUGUAUUAAACACUUAACUUCUUAUUUAAGGAUAUUGUUACCCUUUAUCAUCAUCCAGUUAAGGAAAAUGAGAUUUUUCCUGCAUCUAAUUAUUCAAUAAUGCAUCUAUCUUUGUGCUGAUUUAAAACAAUA